AUGGGACAAAACUUAGUUGUUCUCCAACUUAAUACAGAGACAAGUGACAGCAUUGUUUAUGGAGGUUACAAACCACUUUCAGAAUUAAGAAUUGAACAAAGAACAGAAAUUUCCUCUAUGCUUGAAGAACUUGGAAAAACUAAUAGCUUUAUUAAAAAGAUUCAAAUUAAAGAUUGGAAACCAAACACUCUUAAAAACAUUGUUAAUGAGCUCAAUGAAAAUAAAAUACUUAUAAGAAAUCAAAAUCAACUUACUCUUCUUGAUAACUUGAUUAACAAAAUCUCAAAUGCAUGCCAAUUUUACAAUCUCAUUGAUAAAUAUGAUUCCGUAAUUGUUAAAGCAAUGAAAGAAGGAAAAUGGCUUCUUCUUGAUGGUAUUGAAGCUUGUCCAAGUGUUAUUCUUGAUCGAAUAAUUUCAUUGUUUAGCUCUACACCGAAAUUGGAUUUAUACGAAAAAGGAACAGAUAAUGAAAUUAUUGCAAAACAAAACUUCAGAGUUUUCAUGACUUACAAUCCUUAUGAAGCAACAACGAGACAAAGAAUAUCUCCAAGUUUGUUGAAUAGAUGUUUUGUUUAUACACUUGAUCCUAUUGAUCAAGAUUUCAAUGACUCUUUCAAUACAAUAUUUGGAAUCCUUUCUCAAGUGAAAAAUCUUGGAUUCACAAGUACUAGCGAUUUUCAAAAAAUCGUUGUAAGAUUCGUGAAUGUUCAUCUUAAAAUGAAAUCUGAAAAUAAUUCAAACAUUGAUGCAAGAACAUUAGUUCGACUAGCUCAAUCAUUAGCUAUUUCUGCUCCUUUAAACAGAACAAAAGUUGAAUCAAUUCUGUAUUCAAACUAUUCAGACACUCUAGAAAUGGAUGACCAACAAAAAACAAAAAUUUGGAAUUAUUUUAGUGAAAAAAUUGAUGAAAACAAACUCAAAAGAAUUAAGAACUCUGUUGUAUCACAUAGUACUGAAUUGGAUAGUUUAAGAAAUUCUUUAGCUGAAUUAAAGCGAAGUAAUAAGUUUUCCAUCAAAAUCUUUAUUCAAACAUUCCUAAGACUUCCAUUUGAAAAUUAUGAAAGUUUUCAAAACGCUCUCACAUUCGAUAAUCAAUACUGUGAUGUGUUCAAACUUAUUUCUGAUUUCAUCAAAGAAUCAGAGAAACUAAUUCAAAAUGACAGAAAAUUUGAUGGCAAAUCAUUAGGUAAAAUACAAAAAGGUGAAUUUCCAAUAUUCGAUGACUUCCUUCUUCGAAUCAAUUUCUAUCUUUUUAUUACAGACAAAUAUCAAGUAGACGCUAUUGAGUAUACAGCAAAUGAUUUAAUGUUAUUGCAUCAAAUAGAUAAAGCAAAAAGUCUCAAUGAUGCAUUGUUUUAUUUGCUAUCAUUGAGAAAAUUCAUUCCAAAUAUUUUAUUGCAUCCAAUCUCAUGA